AUGGCAAGGUCAGCAAUCAAAAAGACACCUGAAGAACGGCUACAGCUACGGCUAUGGAAGUGUUUACGUCCUCCUCCUUCUCGUCCACGAUUCCCAUUGAACCGUCUUCCACCAGAAAUUCGACAAAUCAUCUGGACUCUCAGCUUCGCCGAUCGCCCUCACAAAUUCACGGUCGGGGGGGUUUCCGAACAAGACUCGGACUCGAACAAAAGGUUCUUCCUAUUCAAAUGCUAUCUUCCUCUUCCUCCAGCCGCCCUCUACGUCUGCCGAGAGUCUCGCGCAACUGCGCUGCGCCACGGCUUCCUUUUCUCAGCACCAGACGGCCCUGGUAUCUGGUUCAGACCGGAAAUCGAUUCGCUAUACUUCAGCCCAACCACUAACGACAUACUCACAACAAAGAACCAUAUCGAUAUUCAAGGCUGGGGGAAUGUUCUUCACCUCCAAAUGUCAUUUCGCGCUUUCUAUCGAAACUUGCGUGACCCACCACAGGAGGACUUGGCCGAGACUAUGGAGGUCUUUUUUGCACACAUGCCCAACCUGAAAACUCUCAGCUGUACCGUCCCGGCGCCGAGAAUUGGCGGCAAUACUUAUCCCAAACCUAUCCCGAUGCCAUUACCAGGGAGCGGUGACACGUAUGCUUUGAUAAGGGGUCGGACAGUGAAUGAGGUGCUUGACUUGGUCCAGGAUUCUGCAUACUGA